GUGUGUGUGUGUGUGUGUGUGUGUGUGUGUGUGUGUGUGUGUGUGUGUGUGUGUGCGCGUGCGUCUGUGUGUGUGUUUGUGUUUGCUUGCUGUGUGCUUUCACUGGUACUUUGUCCCUGUCGACCUUUGGCCUCUACCACUCUGAUUUCCUCACAGGUCCUCAGUGAAAUGAGGUGAAAGCUGCACAGAUGUUACACUCCAUAAAUGACAGUAUCAUCCAGACAUUGUGUUUGCUGUGUCUAUGUGCAGCCUCUGUACAGGAAUACACCAAGUUCACUGAGUUCACAUGCCAACCGAUGGGACGCAAACGGAGACCUCCUCCAGAGGUUUCUAAGUUUAGGGCAUCGAAUGUUAUUUACUGCCACUAGGGGUCCCUCAAUCAAAACAAUGAGAAAAGACAGAAUUGUAUGCCUUUCAUAACUUCCAAGGAUUACUUAAUUCUUCAUCAUUCAGGAGGUUUUGACUGGUAGCUGAGUUCUCCGUAGAUAAAUCACCUGGUAUAUCAAUAAGGUAAAACAUAGACAAAGGAAAUAAAUACGGGAAUAAAUGAAAACAUGGAGUUAAUUUCCAAAGAAAACAGAGCCUUGUCUUGGUUAAAAUUAUGGAUUUCUUUGACAAAAUGUGGGAUAUUGAAGUGCUCUUAUUGACACAUUUCUAACAUAGGUUAUUUAGACAUUUUAUCGUUACAAUUUUACUAAGAGGAGUCACAUUUUAAUAAAAGGAUAAAGGAAAACUCAAAUUAUUUAGUUAUUUUUACUUUACAAAAUAUUCAAAUAAAACAAAUUAGUUUCGAUUCAAUAUUUCAAUGUAAACCAACAGUAUAGCAGCAGCAGCAGCAGCAGCAGCAGCAGCAGCAGCAGCAGUGUAGCUUAACCAAGCCAGUAAGUAGGCCUACUCAAAUGUUUUAUUUUAGUAAAACAAUACCACACUGUAAAAAUACUAUGUUACAACUAUAUUCCUACAUUCAAGUAUUAGAAACAAAGAACAAGUUCAUAAUAUAAAUAAGUUAAAUGAAUUAAAUUAGAUAACUGAUAUAUUAAGAUAUAACAUCAGUCACACAUGAAAGGCAGUGUUGUAACUUUAGAAAUAUGCAUAUUGUUGUUAAUGCUCAAAGUCCCCAACUUCUAAGACACUAACAAAAGCAACAUGUUGUCAAGGUGACAUAUUUAGCACAUAAAGUUAGAGCUACAUGCUUCUGACUCAGAGUUUUACCAUCAUAAAGUUUCCAUCCGAGGUGUCAGCUCACCGCCUCCUGUGACUCUGCACUUCCUGUGCACGGCUCCUUUGGGUGUCAAGGUGGUCGACAGUUUCACAUUUAGAAGCAAAACCACAACUGAAGCACUCACACGGCUCCCAUCACAUCACUGCUGCAUUAUUCUCCUUUCUGCUGUUUUCUGUUGACUAUGAUGCUAAAGGCUCAAACAGGUGGAUGGUGUCUCAUAAUCCUGGCUAUUAUUGCAGGUGUCCAGCUCCAGGAAAAUGAGCGCUCUGUCCAGCCUGCGUCUGAGCCUCACGUCUACAGGCCGGCGCUGCAGCCCACUGAGACCGCCCCUCCAAUAGGGACCUACAAGCAUGUGGGAAAAUCCUGCAUAAAAGCCACCAUGGGAGUACAGUACAUUGUCAUUGAAAAAAAGAAGGCUUGGUAUUACAACCUGGAGCCCUCCAGGGUCAGGACGGGGGGGUCCUGUGGUGAAGAAGCUGCUGUCCUCUCUCUCACACUGCCUGACAAUGCUGCCAGUCUGCAGCUCACCUUCAGAAAGAAAGGGAAUAUUUUCUACGUCUCCAAUCUGACCGCUCACGUGUCUCCUCUGCCUGUCUGCCAAGGAUGUUCCAAUAAGACUUACUCAGGUGUGUUGACGAAUGGCAAGCUGUUUGCAGCAGCUGAUGGACAGAGCUUCAAGUGCGAAUCUGAGAAUCUGCCUCUGACGUCUCCGGAGCUGAGGAUCCGGCUGGUUCCUCUGCAGAUACAGGCCUUCGCUCUGCUCAAAGGACACUACGGAAAAGAGGUGGAGUGUUGGGCUGACUUUACCAAGCGAGUUAUCCCCAUCAUCCUCGGGGCCACAGUGGUGGGUCUUUUUCUCAUCGCCGUGAUGACCUCCCUGCUCAUCAAAGACCACCACAGAGAAGGAUAUGACAGGCUCUGAACUUCUGACAACUGGAUCUAAAAUAUUAGUUCAUCAUACACUGUCACAAAAAGUUCUCAAAUUAGCUCUCCUUAAUUUAAAGCACAGCGGUCUAAUGCCUAUAAAUCUUGACAAUGUUGUUCCAUUUAUUUCUUUGACUAUUAUUUAAUUAUUUUUUCCAAUUAUAAUUUGUAAUCAUCACAAUUGGGUUUAACAUUUAUUUUCCUUUUUAUUCUGUAUUUAAUGAUAACUUUUGUUCACAGCUGUGUGUUGUAAUAUUCAUAUUUGUGGCAUAUUCCAGAGUUAAUUGAUAAAAGAGAUGAGCCCUUAUUGACACACGCUUGUUAAUGAUUAAGUAAAUAAUCAUAACAACGCUUGCUAACCUACAUGUCAGAGAUACUAGAAAAUGAACAUCGCAUUUUGUUGUUGUUGUUGUUGGUAAUAUAAUGUAUUUUGAAUAAACAAAUAUUUCGUUAUUACAGCAAUUGAA